AUGGAUGCUGCACUUUGGAAGACUUUCCUGCAGGCUAAAGAUGGCGGGAUCGGCCAAGCUGAGUACGAGACGACCAAUGACGCUUCGUUGCGCGAGGGGUUCGUCCAGCUGCCGGCGGAGAGUAUACGAGCGCUAGAGCGACGUAAAGAGGGGCGGUUUGACUCACGGUCUGGCCGGCAGGAAUGUGGAUUCUGGACCCCAAGCUUUCUCGGCCGUCAUUCGUGA